AUGUACGUAAGUUUAGAUCCUAGUAAGCGUAAAGGAAGAGAAUAUACAGGUGGGAACACGAGAACUAUUCAUAAUAAUGGCAAUAGUCAAUCAAGAAGGUUAUUUAGCUUGGUGAUGAGUGUCAGAAUACGAUAUGAUGAUAAUGAUAUAGAAGAGGACCAAGGUUUAUUUACUAAUAGAUCCACGAUGAUGGCAAAUUUCGAAGAGUGGAUCAAAAUGGCUACCGAUAACAAGAUCAAUUCAAGUAACAGUUGGAAUUUUGCACUAAUAGAUUACUUUCAUGAUUUGCAAGUCCUCAGAGAUGCUGAAAAUAAUAUCAAUUUCCAAAAGGCAUCUGCUACAUUAGAUGGAUGUGUUAAGAUCUACUCAUCGAGAGUUGAUUCGGUGACAACAGAGACAGGUAAACUACUUAGUGGAUUAGCUCAGAGUAAGGAGAAGAAGAACAAAGAAAAAAGCAGUCAUGAAGAUGAAGGAGAACAUGGAGAAGCUGAUGAGAGUCAAGAUGGCGUUCACAUCGAUCCAUUGACGGGAUUACCAGUGUCAAGAGAAGUAGAGGUUCAAAGUCGAAGAAGAAAUUUGAACAGGGUUUUGGAAACGACUUUAGUGGACUUUGAACAAAUUAAAUUGAAGGAGUUAGAUCAAGAACUGAAUAUCGAUCCCAUUUUUAAAAAAGCGCUCGUGGAUUUCGACGAGGGCGGUGCCAAAAGCUUCCUUUUGAAUACCUUAAGCGUGGAUAGUUCUUGUAGAGUUGUAUUUGACACCGCUAUAAGAGAUGUCACCAAAGAACGAGAAGAAGAACAGCCGAUUGGAAGCUCAGAAAUGGAGGAUCAAUCUGUAAAUGAUACUACAAUGGUAGAAGAUGAAAUUUUAUCAUUGGGUAUGGAUUUCAUAAAUUUUGAACAGAUUAACAACUGUGAAGUAUCAGCAUCAAUACCGCAACUGAGAGGUGUGUUAGAAGAUAUCGACAAGGCUAAAAAUUUCAUAGAAGAUGUGAAUAACAAAUUUGACAAUUUUCUCAGUGAAAAAGAAAUACAAGAAACGGUCCCAGAUGCUGAUUUUGAUGAUGGGCCAGAACUUGACGAUGGGCCAGAAUUUGACGAUGUACCAGAUCCAUUUGAUGAAGAUUUGGGUCAGAAGGAUGAAAACUGGCAUAAAGAUGUACCUGAGCCCGGAGCACCAGAAUCACUAAGUACAGAUGCUGACACCGGUAUAGGUAAAGUCUCUGAACAAGAUCUAAUGGCAUAUUUUGAUGAGACUUUGAAACGGAAUUGGAGAGGUAGAGAACACUGGAAAGUUCGCAGCUUUAAGCGCAACUUGGGAGGUGAAUCGAAGCAACAAAAGACGCAGACGUCGACAGGAACAGAGCAAACGGAUGCUGAAACACCACCAGCAUCAUGUUCUGCAGGUCAAAACAAUGAAGAUGCUCCUUCGACGAAAAAGAAAACCUUUGAAAUAGAUUUUUUUCAGCUGGAUGAUGACCUAGAUAAGACAGUUUUCAGUACUCACAAGCGUAAGAAUAACAUAGAAAUGCCACAGCGUUUGCGGACAAGUGAUAAUCAUCAUUUGCUACCAGAUGACUAUCAUUUCUCUAGUGAUAAGAUUACACGUCUUUUCAUCAAGCCGGGUCAAAAGAUGAGUUUAUUCAAAAGAAAAGAUCCUAGAGCCGCCGAACCUACUAGAGAAGAAGAGGAACAUCCAACUCUAGCAGACGAAAAGUUUUGGGCUGAAAAUUACGAAAGAAAUGAACAAGAAACCACACAUGAAAGUGAAGUAGUGCAAGGGGAGAUAGAAAAUCCCUUUGAAGAUUAUGACGAUAAUGGUGUAGAUUUUAACCAAGCAUUUGAAGAACCAGAGGCUCCACUACCCACGCCGGCUUUACUGUCUACCCAGGACAAUAAGGUAAAUUAUGCUCGUGUUUCGAAGAAAGUCGACGUUCGCAAGUUAAAAGAUAAUCUAUGGAGAGCUGUUACCUCUCUACAAAAGGAAAGCAAACUCUUAAAUUUCACAGAUAUAGCUCGUGAAGUUGGGGGAAAUUACUCCGAAGAGGCUCAACGUGAAUUAUCCACUAGUUUUUGUUUCAUAUGCCUCUUGCAUCUUGCCAAUGAGCAUGGAUUGCAAAUCGAAAGUUCACCAUCAUAUGAAGAUCUGAUCAUCACUUAG